AUGUCCCUCAUGCCGUGGCUCCGUUGGAACGAGACCCCACCGCGGCUGUCCUCGCAGAGUCCGGCCGAGAUGGUGCUGGAGACGCUCAUGAUGGAGCUGGCGGGGCAGAUGCAGGAGGCCGAGAGGCAGCAGCGGGCGCGCAGUAACACCAGCCGGAAGAUCCGCACGGGCGUGGACUACAGCUGGCUGGCCAGCGUGCCCCGGCUCACCUACGACCUCAGCCCGGGCGAGCGGCUGCAGCUGGAGGACGUCUGCGCCAAAAUCCACCCGUCUUACUGUGGGCCCGCCAUCCUCAGGUUCCGGCAGCUGGUCGCAGAGCAGGAGCCCGAGGUGCAGGAGGUGGCCAAGCUGUUCCGCUCGGUGCUGCAGGAAGUCCUGGAGAGGAUGAAGGAGGAGGAGGAGGCUCACAAGCUGACUCGGCAGUGGAGCCUGCGGCCCCGGGGCAGCCUGGCCCUAGCCACUUUCAAGACCCGCGCGCGCAUCUCCCCGUUCGCCAGCGAUAUCCGCACCAUCUCGGAGGACGUGGAGCGGGAGACGCCGCCGCCACCCCGGGCCUGGAGCAUGCCUGAGUUCCGGGCGCCCCAAGACGACUGA